AUGAGGUGGGGCAGAGGAACCUCUUCUGUGGAGGCUUUCCGCAUCCCGUUUUGCAUCAGCUUCAAUCUGAGGCUCCCCAUCCCCGAGAUUCUCAAGCAGAAGCUCGGCUCGUUUCAUUUCCAGGGCUCGCUCUGCUUGAGGCGCCUUCUUUCGUGGAUGAUGUUUUAUGUCAUUGCCGAGGCAAGGACAGGGCCUUUAGAAGGUAAACGAAGGCACUGGAUGCUGCGUGCCGCGGACGCGGAAGAGGCCACAAAGUCGUGGACGCCGAAGUCGAGCAACGAACGUUUGGCCUGGGUCGCGGAUGUCAUGAUUGACGAGAAGCAAGAGCGAAAGAGCCAACGUGUCUGGACAAGUUCCGUGAAGCACAGGAACUUGCACGGUCUGGGCGUGACAAAACUCUUCGAGAUCCAGUCGCGAGCCUUUGACCCCAUCCUCCGGGGGAGGAGCUUCGUUGGCCGCUCGAAGACCGGGACCGGCAAGACGGUGGCUUACCUGCUGCCACUACUGGAACGAAUGCGCCAUGAGAAAAUGACGCUGCCGCACUCUUUGGUGAUCCUGGUGCCAACUCGCGAGCUAUGCAAGCAGGUUGGAUCGGCAUUGCUCUCAUUGUCCGUGCAGGUAGAUGUGGCACUGGUUUACGGCGGCGAGACUUUGCACUCGCAGGAGCAACUGGUUCGUCUCGGCGCAGUGGCAGUUGUGGCUACGCCUGGCCGCUGCGCGCGACUGGUGGAACGAGGUGCCUUGCAGACCGAGAAUGUGCGAGCGCUGGUGAUUGAUGAAGCAGAUGCCAUGUUCGGUCCUGAAUUCGUGGGCCGAGUGGAGCGAGUGCUGAACGCAGUUGCCAAGCCCGGGCUGCAGCACGUUCUAUUUUCCGCCUCCUUGCCUGAUGACAUUUCGACGCUUAUUGGUCAGCACUUUCCAAACCACGAGCUUGUGGACCUCGUGGAUCGACGUGGGCCAAAGGGCGAAGCUGUUGUUACUGCCGUCGACCACCGCCUGUGCAAAGUCCCAGACAAAAGGCCGACCGCCCGAGCUCGUGUGCUGAUGCACUUGCUGAACGAGAAGCUGGACAUGCUCGGUGGGCGCUGCAUCGUUUUCGUGGACACGGCCUCGCAGGCGACUGCAUUGCUGGCACACCCAGCCAUGGAGCGCCGUGCACGAAGCCUCCAUGGGAACUCAGCAGCUGAGGAGAGGGACAGCGUCCUUACCAGCUUCGCAAACAAGGAGUUUGAUGUUCUCGUUGCCACAGAUGUGAUCGCUCGUGGCCUGGACUUCGCCGACGUAAAUUUGGUGAUGCAGCUCCACCCGCCAAAGGAUGCCGCGCAGUACGUCCACAGAUCCGGUCGAACCGGCCGCGCUGGCCGCGGGGGAACUUGCAUCACUUUGUACGACUCCGCCGAGCGAAGAUACGUGCAGCGUGUCCGUCAAGUGACCCAGCACGAGUUUUCGAUGAUCGCCGCCCCGGGGCCGCUUGACGUCCACCACGCGGCGGUGAGCCGCCUUCUGGAGCAGCUCUUCGGUGUCCAGCCGGAGGAGUACGAUCCUCUGCUGGAGGAUGCCGAGACGCUGCUCGACGAGAAUGGGCCGGCCAUCCUGGCUUCAGCCAUGGCUGUCCUUGAUAGUCGCCAUGCAGACCUCCAGCAGGCGCUCCGUGAUCGUCCCUCGAUCUUCAGCGGGCGCCGUGGGUUCGUUUGUUUGUUGGCCAACGAUCCGGAACACCUGGUGGCGACCACCGAGGGUGAAAUCCAGCGAAUCGUUGGUUCAAUGAUGCCCCAGCUGGCAAAGGUGGGCCGUGUGGCGCGAGUAGAAGGUGGUUGGGCUGUCGACGUGGAGCACCGUCACGCAAGCGGCCUCAUCGAGGCACUUCGCUCGGGCAGCGUUCAGGCCCCAUUCGAGGUGUCCGUCGCGCGGCGCAUGCCUCGAGUACUGCGUGGUCGGGCGGGACGCCUCACAAAGGCUCCCUGGGCUGCGCAACGGCGGUGGGCCAUGAAGAGUGGAGCUCGGAGGAGAGAGAAGCUUGCAAAGAUGACAAAAGGCUUUGUGCCUAUUCACAUCUAUUCCUGUUCACUGUUCUCUCCCCAUCUCUCCCCAAGACGUUGA